AUGUCCACGCCCCAGGUCUCCUCCAGUCCAGAGGUGGGCGAGCAGCAGGUGCGCAUCCAGGGCUGGCGAACUUCAGGUCCCAAGCGCCAAGACUGCGCAUCCUCACUUCGCGGGGGCGGGGGCACCCGGCUCUCCUCCCAGGCGGCUCCGCGCCGGCCGCGCGCUGCGCCAUUGGCUGCGCCGCCUCACGUGACGCCGGCUGGCGGCGGCGGUUGCCCGGGUGACGGCAGGCUAGGCGGCUGCCGGGCGGGGUCGGCGCAGAUCCCGCGGCUGGGCGGCGAGAGACUGUGCCGUGAGACGUGCCGGGACCGGUCUACCAUGGGCGAUAUUCUGGCUCACGAGUCGGAAUUACUCGGCAUAGUGAAAGAGUAUUUAGACUUUGCUGAAUUUGAAGACACUUUGAAGACAUUUUCAAAGGAGUGCAAGAUCAAAGGAAAACCGUGUAAAUCAGCAGGUGGAUCUGUGAGAGAUUCCAAAUCGUUGAUAAUUCAGAAGGAUCUCCUGGCGGCCUUUGACAGCGGCGACCAGAAGGUGUUCUUCCACCUGUGGGAGGAGCACGUCCCCAGCUCCGUGCGUGACGGGGACUGCGUGGCCCAGAAGCUGGAGUUCUACCUUCACAUCCAUUUCGCCAUCUACCUCCUGAAGCACGGGCCCGGGAGACCGGACAAGCAGGAGCUGGAUGAAAGGAUCUCUCACUUCAGAAGCUACCUGGAGACCAGAGGGGCAGCGCUGAGCCAGACCACAGAGUUCCUCCCUUUCUACGCCCUGCCCUUCGUCCCCAACCCGAUGGUCCACCCCUCGUUUAAAGACCUCUUCCAGGAUUCCUGGACUCCAGAGUUAAAGCUGAAGUUGGAAAAGUUCCUGGCUUUAAUCUUCAAAGCCAACAGCACGCCCAAGCUUGUCACCAUCUACCAGGAGAACGGACAAAGCAACAAAGAAGUGUUGCAGCAGCUGCACCAGCAGCUGGUGGAAGCCGAGCGCCGGUCAAUGACGUACCUGAAGCGGUACAAUAAGAUCCAGGCCGACUACCACAAUCUCAUCGGAGUCACGGCGGAGCUGGUGGAUUCCCUGGAGGCCACAGUCAGUGGCAAGAUGAUCACCCCCGAGUACCUGCAGAGCGUGUGCGUGCGCCUCUUCAGUAACCAGAUGCGGCAGAGCCUGGCACACAGCGUGGACUUCACGAGGCCUGGGACGGCUUCGACUAUGUUACGGGCCUCCUUGGCACCCGUUAAAGUAGUCGCUCUCAGUUACUCUCAUUAG